AUGACCGCAUCUGUGCUGCUACAUUCACACUGGAUUGACCCGGUGAUGUUCCUUUACGACAGCGCCCUGGAUGACAGAAGCAAAAAUAUGGAAAGUUUCCCUGGAGGCAACUUUACUGCAAGUCAAUGCAGGAAUUUGUUAGCGCAUCCAACUUCUUUGGCUCCCAGCACUUACACGAGCGACGUGCCAGUGUCUGGCAUGGGUGAGCCUGGGAAGCAGUGCAGUCCCUGCUCAGCCACCCAGAGCUCUCCCAACGCCUCUUUGCCUUAUGGAUACUUUGGCAGCAGUUAUUACCCGUGUCGAAUGUCCCAUGGUAGCGUAAAGACCCAGGCCAAUGCAUAUACGGACAAGUAUGUGGACUCUCCGCUGUCUGGAGAUGACUUCUCAACUCGGGCAAAAGAGUUCUUUUAUCAGGGAUACUCCUCGACUCCUUACCAGCCCAGCUACCUGGAUGUGCCAGUAGUGCCCGCGCUCAGUGCGCCAUCAGAGCCCAGACAUGAGUCUCUGCUGCCAAUGGAGACGUACCAGCCUUGGGCCAUCACAAACAGUUGGAGUGGUCAAGUUUACAGCGCCAAGGAGCAACCUCAAGCAAACACGUUGUGGAAGCCCUCCCUACAAGACAGUGUCUCUGGAGGGGACAGUUCCAUGCGUCGUGGGAGGAAGAAGCGUGUGCCCUACACCAAAGUGCAGCUCAAAGAACUUGAAAGGGAAUACGCCACCAAUAAAUUCAUCACCAAAGAUAAACGGAGGAGGAUAUCUGCGCAGACAAACCUGACAGAGCGGCAGGUGACAAUCUGGUUUCAAAACAGGCGCGUGAAGGAAAAGAAGGUUGUUAAUAAGUUCAAGAGUUCUGGUUAG